CAGUCAGUGGUUUUUCUGGUUGAUCCGACUGUGUGAGUUCACUGUAUUGUAAAGGGAGCCGUGAAUCGUACCAGGAGAGGGGGGGUCGAUUUGCCGAAAUUCUACCUCUCGGGUGCACGUUCGGAGUCUCGGCGACCACACUUUUAUCGCACCUUUUACAAUUUAAGAGAGAUAUUUUUUUUAUUUUUAUUUUUUUAUUAAUUUAUUCUUUCCUGUUAGUUUAUGGUUUACGUUAACACUCCGGGAGGGCAGAAAUGGCGGCCAACAUGUACCGGGUCGGAGAUUAUGUUUUUUUUGAGAACUCCUCUAGUAACCCUUACCUGAUCCGCCGGAUAGAGGAACUCAACAAGACGGCCAGUGGGAAUGUGGAGGCCAAGGUGGUUUGUUUCUACAGAAGGAGAGACAUCUCCCACAGCCUCAUCCAGCUCGCAGACAAGCAUGCAAAGGAGCUGGAAGAAGAGAAAGAGAACCCAACAGAGACAGAUCUGACAGAAAAACAGAAACACCAGCUUCGCCACAGAGAGCUCUUCCUCUCUCGACAGUAUGAGAGUCUACCUGCAACACACAUCAGGGGCAAGUGCAGUGUUGCAUUACUAAAUGAGACUGAAGCUGUUCUUUCGUACCUUGACAAAGAGGAUACGUUCUUCUACUCGCUGGUGUAUGACCCGACACAAAAGACCCUGCUGGCAGACAAAGGAGAGAUCAGAGUGGGACCUCGCUUUCAGGCAGAUGUACCUGAAAUGCUACAAGAGGGUGAGGCAGAUGACAGGGACCUGUCGAAGCUAGAAGAGAAACUGUGGGAUCCAGAGUGUCCACUCACGAACAAACAGAUAGACCAAUUCCUAGUAGUGGCACGGGCGGUUGGGACCUUUGCAAGAGCACUGGACUGCAGCAGCUCAGUCCGACAGCCAAGCUUACACAUGAGUGCUGCUGCAGCCUCACGAGAUAUCACACUGUUCCAUGCGAUGGACACACUGCAUCGUCAUAAUUACGAUCUGUCCAGUGCACUGAGUGUGCUGGUCCCAGCGGGCGGCCCAGUACUCUGUAGGGAUGAGAUGGAGGAGUGGAGCGCCUCAGAAGCUGCCAUGUUUGAAGAGGCACUAGAGAAAUACGGAAAAGACUUCAACGACAUUCGACAAGACUUUCUGCCAUGGAAGUCUCUGACCAGUAUCAUAGAGUACUACUACAUGUGGAAGACCACAGACAGAUAUGUGCAACAGAAGAGACUGAAGGCAGCAGAGGCAGAGAGCAAACUGAAGCAGGUUUAUAUCCCCACUUAUAAUAAACCCAACCCCAACCAGAUCUCAAUGACCAAUGGCAAGAUGGCGACAGUGAAUGGAGCGGGCCCCGGGGUCUAUCAUGCAGCAGGUGGCGGCAGAGCCUGCGAGAGCUGCUAUACCAUGCAGUCGGCCCAGUGGUACUCAUGGGGGCCUCCAAAUAUGCAGUGUCGUCUGUGCGUAUCCUGCUGGAUGUACUGGAAGAAGUACGGUGGCCUGAAGAUGCCAAGCAGAGCAGAAGCCCCAGAAGAGAGGACCUCCCCGCCUCCGGUGACCACUGAGUCUCGUCCUCGAGGUCAUGGUCCUCGCCAGUCCAACCACAUGGUGCCGAUGCGAAACAGUGGCAGCCCCAAGUCCUCCAUGAAAACCAAGCAGGCCUUUCUGCUGCAAGCCACUCGCCUCACCAAGCUGGCCCGGCACAUGUGCCGUGACAUCAUCAAGCUGCGCCGCGCUGCGCGCCGGCCCUUUAUCCCCAUUAACUGUGGGGCCAUAAAGGCAGAGUACAUGUUAAGGGUGUCAGAAUGGCAGGGGACCCGCCUACCCAAAACCAGAGCCGCCCAAAGGAGCACUCUGACCAGCGUCCUGCAAUUUCUAGAGUCCCGUCCAGCAGCCCACGCCCCUCGCUCCCACCGCACCCCCGGGCUGCAGACACCUCCUCCGCGGCGCCUCCUCUCUUCCCUCCCACACGGCCCCCAUGGCAUGCUGGGAAAACGCAACUACCAUCACCACAGCAGGGCUGAGCCAGACAGGCGCUCAGAGAACCCAGGUACAACAGGUGGACCCCUCCUGCACAACGGCCGCAGCAGCAGCAGCGGAAACACCCGAGGUGGAGUGAUGAUCCGCAAGAGACGCCCUAACUGGAUCGAUGCCCCUGAUGAUAGCUUCUUCCUCGUCACCCGGGAGACCAGGAGGGCCAGACGGCUGCUCUCCCGCUCUCAGCUGAGGCACGCCUGCCGCCAGCCAUGUGAGCAGAUCACCCUACGCAGGGUCUCCCAGGGCCCUCCGCAGGGGCUCGUCCUGGCCCCUCCACACCCUCACCCCAGCCUGAGGAUGCGAGGCCCCAUCGUCAUCCAUGACUGACCGGACACUGACACUGCGGACUCUACACUCACACCUGCAUACACACUAACACAAGCUCACCUCAUACUGCCCUUCCUUUGCUUUGAAGUCCUGAAAUCACAUUUAUAAUCCUCAAAGACACUUAACGCUGAUGAGCCAUGAUGCAAUAGAGGCAUAAAAACUGACCUGACUGCAAGUGCUGCCUGUCUGAAAUCCCCUGGGAGUGCGUGAGUGUGUGUGUGAGAGAGACUGUGCCAACAACAGGUGAUGCGUGCUGUUGUUAGCUCUUAUGGAUGAAUGUAACGACGUGACCUUUGUGUUGUUGGUGAAUUGUUGUGA